AUGCAGGCAACGCUCGAGCGGUUCCUUCUGCUAGUGGUGCUGGCCGCAGCUGCCCUUCUAUGGGCCGACGCGGCCGUUUCUCGCUCCUACUCUGGAGCGUGUGCCCUCUGGGACGCACGCUACCGGCCCGAUACCCAGAACCUGCCCCAGUGGACCGGUGCUCACGUGGAUAACUCUCGGUGUGACCAGGCGGGGGACCAGGCCAACGUGCUCGGGCAGUUGAACUGGUACCGCGGGGUGGCCGGCCUGCCCAACGUGAUGGCCAACGCCACCAAGCACUCCCAGGCUCAGGCCGUGGUCUGGGCUUACAUCCUCCAACGAUGCAUCACCGUCGAGCUUGUGGACUGGUCGCAGCAGAUCAGGCUGGCUAACGUCAGCGCGCUGAACCCCCUGUUCGACGUGAGCGGCGCCUACCUCUACAACUACCCACAAGAA